CAGCCGCCCGCACCCGGGGCGAAGCAUGGCGGUCGCCAAGGUGGCUUUAACCAAGAGAGCAGAUCCAGCUGAACUUAGAACAAUAUUUUUGAAGUAUGCAAGCAUUGAAAAAAAUGGUGAAUUUUUCAUGUCUCCCAAUGACUUCGUCACUCGAUAUCUGAAAAUUUUUGGAGAAAGCCAGCCUAAUCCAAAGACUGUGGAACUUGUAAGUGGUGUGGUGGAUCAGACCAAAGAUGGAUUAAUAUCCUUUCAAGAAUUUGUUGCAUUUGAAUCUGUCCUGUGUGCCCCGGAUGCUUUGUUCAUGGUGGCCUUUCAGCUGUUUGACAAAGCUGGCAAAGGAGAAGUGACUUUUGAGGAUGUGAAGCAAGUUUUUGGACAGACCACAAUUCAUCAACAUAUUCCAUUUAACUGGGAUUCAGAAUUUGUGCAACUACAUUUUGGAAAAGAAAGAAAAAGACACUUGACCUAUGCGGAAUUCACUCAGUUUCUACUGGAAAUACAGUUGGAGCAUGCAAAACAAGCCUUUGUUCAAAGGGACAAUGCCAGGACAGGAAAAGUCACAGCCAUUGACUUCCGAGACAUCAUGGUCACCAUCCGCCCUCAUGUCUUGACACCUUUUGUAGAAGAAUGUCUAGUAGCUGCUGCUGGAGGUACCACGUCCCAUCAAGUUAGUUUCUCCUACUUUAAUGGAUUUAACUCGCUCCUUAACAACAUGGAACUCAUUAGAAAGAUCUACAGCACUCUGGCUGGCAACAGGAAAGAUGUAGAGGUGACUAAGGAGGAGUUUGUUCUGGCAGCUCAGAAAUUUGGUCAGGUUACACCCAUGGAAGUUGACAUCUUGUUUCAGUUAGCAGAUUUAUAUGAGCCACGGGGGCGGAUGACCUUAGCUGACAUUGAACGAAUUGCUCCUCUCGAAGAGGAGCCCUUCAACUUGGCUGAGGCCCAGAGGCAGAAGAAGGCCUCAGCCGAUUCAUCUCGACCGAUUCUCCUGCAGAUCGCAGAGUCGGCCUACAGGUUUGGUCUGGGUUCUGUUGCUGGAGCUGUAGGAGCCACUGCUGUAUAUCCUAUCGAUCUGGUGAAAACUCGAAUGCAGAACCAACGAUCAACUGGCUCCUUCGUGGGAGAACUCAUGUAUAAGAACAGCUUUGACUGUUUCAAGAAAGUACUACGCUAUGAAGGCUUCUUUGGACUGUACAGAGGUCUGUUGCCGCAGUUAUUGGGAGUCGCCCCAGAGAAGGCCAUAAAACUCACAGUGAAUGAUUUUGUGAGGGAUAAAUUUAUGCGCAAAGACGGCUCAGUCCCACUUGCCGCGGAGAUUCUUGCUGGAGGCUGUGCAGGAGGCUCCCAGGUGAUUUUCACAAAUCCUUUGGAAAUUGUCAAGAUCCGUUUGCAAGUGGCUGGAGAAAUCACCACAGGUCCCCGAGUCAGUGCUCUGUCUGUCCUAAGGGACCUGGGGUUCUUUGGGAUCUACAAGGGUGCCAAAGCAUGCUUUCUGCGGGACAUUCCUUUCUCGGCCAUCUACUUCCCGUGCUACGCUCACGUGAAGGCGGCCCUGGCCAGUGAAGACGGGCACGUCAGCCCCGGAAGCCUGCUCCUGGCCGGCGCCGUCGCCGGUAUGCCUGCAGCAUCUUUAGUGACCCCUGCUGAUGUUAUCAAGACGCGAUUACAGGUGGCCGCCCGGGCCGGCCAGACCACUUACAGCGGAGUGAUCGACUGCUUUAGGAAGAUCCUGCGGGAAGAAGGCCCCAGAGCUUUGUGGAAAGGAGCUGGCGCUCGCGUGUUUCGGUCCUCCCCCCAGUUUGGUGUAACUCUGCUGACGUAUGAGUUGCUACAGCGAUGGUUCUACAUUGAUUUUGGAGGAGUGAAACCCAUGGGAUCAGAGCCAGUCCCUAAAUCCAGGAUCACACUGCCUGCUCCCAAUCCUGAUCACGUUGGGGGCUACAAACUGGCAGUUGCAACGUUUGCAGGGAUUGAAAACAAAUUUGGACUUUACCUACCUCUCUUCAAGCCGUCGGCAUCCGCCUCGCCAGCCGCCAGCGGAGGCCCGUAGGAGCAGCGGCCCUGGGCUGCUGCCGUAGCUUUGUUGUAACUGCGGUAGAGAAGCCAUCUGGGACUGAAGCGACGCUUCAUUCCUUUCGCUUCCAUCUCCUGUUUAAACUCAAGUCAAGGCUUUUUGUAAGGUGAAAUCACUUAUUUUCUGUGUGUUUUCUUAACUAGAUCUUGGUGAAAUUAUUCGUGACUCUUCGUUCGGUCUCUGCUCACAGACCUUUGUUGGUGCCUGCCAUCGGCUGGGCUUUGGUCAACACCAGCCUGAUCUGGGGGAAGGAACAGGUCUGAAUAGAAAUGAGAACCGCUCUCCUGGGGGUUGGGAUGACGGUCCCAAAGAAGCUACUGAGAGGCAAUCAUGGUGCUCAGAGCAAAAGUGUUCCGUGUGUGUUUAACCCGGUAGGAAACUGGGUGCAUAUUUAUAAGAGAAAAAAAAAAACACUGGAAGAAAUGAAAACAUUAUCAGAAAUAGCCAGCCUGGAUUCAGAUUUUAAACAUGCACUAAUUCUGUCUCUGGAGUAUAUUAUGAAGCUUUUAUGUGAAACAUGUUAUUUGUAAUAAAAACCACAUUGAAGAUGUUUAAUAAUCAUACUCUGGUACUGGGACCAGGCCUACUAGGGAAAGUACUCUUGGUGUUGGACUCUGUAGACACAGACCAGGAGGCCCGCGCCUCUCCGGGACGUGCGGAUCUGGGGCGGCUGCUCACCUGAACCCCCGUGCUGAUGACUGCCUGUUCCAGUAAACACUGUGGGAAAACCGCGACCCCCAAUACUGUACCUACCCUCGCCCCCUCCCAACCCCUUGUAAUGGGCACCCAUUUGCUUUUAAAAUCCAUUUUAUCUUGAAUCAUGUAAGACAAAUACAUUGUAAUAUAAGUUUUUAUUUAAUUUGUGGUGCCUUGCACAGUGGUCAGAGGCUUGUGUGUGUGUGAAGAAGGAAAUAAACUAUUUUUAAAGCUC